UGUAAUGAAACGAAAGACAACUUUUGAGUGAAAGUUUUUUGUUCGUAAUUUUUGCGAAUUUUUUGUACAUAAUUUCGGAUUUGAUCAUCCAGAGUGUGGGAGGAAAAAAAGAAACAAUGAAUAUGAAUGAUUUAGUUGGAACAUGGGAAGUUCCAUUAUAUGAUAAAAUACAUAAAAUUCAAUUCGAACACGGGACAACAACUGGUCGUCGUGUUUUGUGGAUCGAUGGUGAGAUCGUUUCACGUAAAGAAUGGAUGUUUAAAUUGGUUGGUAGUGAACCGUUCGAAAUAAAAAAUCCGGAUAAUAAUAAUGAAAUUGUUGCAAAAUGUGAAAUAAUUAUAAAUGCUUGUCUUGGUUUUACCUAUGAAUAUAUCCUGUAUGUAAAUGGUAAACAAUUUAAAACAUUUCGUGAAAAACAAUCAAAAAUUAUGCGUGCAUGGCAUUUUGAUUUGAAAAAUGACGAAAAUGAUGGUAAUGAUGAUGAUACAAAAGAAAAGAAACAAUUUCGUGUUGUAUUAGAAAAAGAUACAUUGGAUGUAUGGGUAAAUGGACAGAAAAAAGAAACAACAAAUGAAUUUGGUGAUUCCGAAGGUACAGAAAUAACAUUCGAUCUAACUGAUGAAUAUAAUGGUUGUAUUAAAACCAUAAGUAGUGGUGAUAAACGUAAAGGUAUGAUUUAUGUAUUGGAAGUUAACGGUAGACCAGUUGAAGAAAUGGAACCAGAAGAAUCAAAAUCAUCUUAAUUCUUUUGUUUUAAUUAUCACAAACAAUUUUGUUUCAAAGAAAAGGCAUUUCUAUAGGAUUUUUUGUUUUUUACAUAGAAAAUUUAUAGAUACAAAAUGGAAAAUUUGUUAUUUGACUAGGUCAUCGA